CGCCUCAUAUGCACCAAAGACUAUAGAGAAGCUUACUGGGGUGUCCUCAGAGCGGAGACAGGGCUGAACUGAGAAGGACGUUGGCAGGCCGUGCAGAUUGUUGACCCAGGCUCAGAAGAUCUACAUCCAGAAUGGCUACUGCAGGCACCUCAGGGCUUGGACGCAAGAAGAAGGCUCCUGGUCUCAUGGAUCAGAUUGGCAAGUUCUUUGGAGGUGAUAAGAAGAAAAGAGGAAAGGGUUCAUUUCGUGGUCAUCUGUCUUCCUCACCACCAAGACCUCAACAUUCCUCAUCCCGACGUCGUGGAGAUGUGAACCCUGUCGUCCAUUUCUUCAGGAGCUUUGUGUCCUCUCCUCGCCCUAAGUCAAGGUGGAGAGAACUCUUGGGCCUGGCUUCACCAUCAGCACGUGGCUCAGAGAGUAUCAGAUCACCCCACAGACGCCGUCGAGAACAGAACACACUCUCGAGAAUCUUCAAUCUGGGAGAAAGUAGAUCUCGUUCUCCACCAAAACGCUGGAGCACCAUCUUCUGAGCCCUCGAGUGACACGAGAACGAGCCAGAUAGAAGAUAAGUGAAAGGAUGUGGAGGAGGAAGGAAAAGCAGAGGGUCUCUGCCUUGUGGACUCACACUUUGCUUUGCAUUUAACAGACUAAUAUUGGCCACCUUCGCUUAUUAGACAGUGAUACAAUCCUGAAAUCGGAAAGUAUUUACCUACAGAGUGAUAAGAACGAGGGGUGUGCUGGUGAGAUUCAGUGUUUAUGUGCCUUCAGCCAUAUUUCUAUAGCAUUUAGACAAAUAAGUGCCUUAAUAUCAUCAAAUAUACAAUAUAAAUGAAGAAACUAUUUAAAAAAAAGUUAGGAUCAAAUUUGAUUUGUACCUAUUCCUCAUACCAAAAGUGAUCAAACUGAUGAUAUUGUACCAACAUGGCAACCUCCACGACGGCACACAAGUCCAAUUGAGUUUCAUUUAAGUAAUAAAAGUAAUAUAAAUCGAUAUAAAGCCACCUCCUACUUGAUUUUACUUAAUAUUAUGCAAAGCUGCAUCAGUAAUCAAUAGUCUUAUUUUCAUCAAAGUUUGUUUUCAAUCACUUUGUCUUUCCUCCAUGUGAAAUAUACACCUAGUGUAUUUUUUUUUCUUUGAUACUUUCAAUAUCUUUCAUCCUCUAAUCCAUAUAAUACUGUGAGAAAUGAUUCCAGGUUGUGUUAUGUAAGUGUAGCGUAUUUUUGGAUCGUCCGUGUUCCUUGUGGUUGUCAAGUGUCCUGUCUUGUAUAGUUUGUUUCUAUGUUUAAAAUGAUUUGGCAUAUAGGAUUUUGGACUGUGUUUUGCCACUUAAGACCUCUUUAUAACAUUUCAGUAUUGUAUAUGUUUAAUGCAUGACAAUAAAAUAUCAAUUUGUUUAACAUUAAUUCACAAAGAAACAUGCAGCAGAUACUAAAAUCGCAAGUCUCUGAACUGGAAAAGCAGUAUCCAAGCCAGCAGAGAUGCCCUUCAUUUGCACUGAUGUAGUUAAAUAUUGAUUUUAAUGGCUUGAGAAAUACACUGAGUGGAAAUGUUUUACUUUUCUGUAUUUUUGUAUAAUAUAUCCAAAAUAAGAAAGGAUCAAAAAAAUUCCAGGAUGGCAGAUCUUCAAAGGUAGAGGAGGUGCAUGAGAGGAAAUGAAAAGUGAAAGAUGGAUCUGAGGAAAGAUACGAAUGACGGUGAAAGGAAGGAUAGAAUAGUGAUGAGAAGAGUGAGAUUGAUUUUAUUCAACUUUCUGUUUAUAAUGUGUCCUCAUAUUGUGUUUUGUGUCUCCUAGAACUUUCAUGCAUGUACUGUUUAUAAAUGAGUGCUGAAGAGAUAAAUAAAUUUCAGUUAUUCUCCCCAUCAGCGCUUUAUAUGUCCCAAAUGGUGCUACAGAGUCAUAAUGCAAAGAAUAUUUGAGUAAGAGUGGCCAAGUUUUUAAGUUAUGAUCUGUAAUACUUUUAAUCAGUGGAUAUUUUAAGUAACAACAAAUAAAAAUUCCUAAAUAUA